AUGGCAAGGGGCUUAGGCAUUCAACAUAAAUAUUACUUCCCCUCCGGCGACCGGUCGGUCAUCUGCCCCAAACCCCGGAGGCCGGCCGCCGGGGAUCACCUCCGGUGGACUCUUGCUCAGCUAGCGGACUCUUUUGAUUCAAAGCCCGCUAACUGUUUUCAUAUUUUACGCCCAAAGGUAGCUGGUGAGCCUCUUGAGCAAUCGGACCCGCUUCAGCCGUUCUUCUGCGGUUCGCCACCAACGCGAUCCGCUAACCCGGUUGUUCUCGACACCCGGUUCAGCGAGACCAUUCCGCUUCGACCGGCCCAAUGCGUUUCAGAGUCCGGUUCAGAAAACCCCCAAACCGGGUUCGAUCGAACCCGGUUCGGCCCCAGUCCUGCGGCUGUACGCAUUGAGGGUUUCGAUUGUCUCGGUUGCAAUUGUAGCUGUACACGUGGCAUCCCAGCCGUUGCUUAG